AUUCAAAAUUUCUCCAAACACAUCAAAUUCAUAGUGAAAAUGGACGCAAACACAAAGGUGAAGAAAGGAGCCGGAGGGAGGAAAGGAGGAGGACCAAGGAAGAAAUCGGUGACGAGAUCCGUGAGAGCCGGACUUCAAUUUCCCGUCGGAAGAAUCGGCCGUUUUUUGAAGAAAGGUAGAUACGCUCAGCGUGUUGGUACCGGUGCUCCUGUUUACCUAGCAGCUGUUCUUGAAUAUCUUGCUGCCGAGGUUCUUGAGUUGGCUGGAAAUGCAGCACGCGAUAACAAGAAAAAUAGGAUUAGUCCAAGACAUUUGUGUUUAGCUGUGAGGAAUGAUGAAGAGCUUGGGAAACUGCUUGCUGGUGUUACGAUUGCUCAUGGUGGUGUUCUUCCUAAUAUUAACCCUGUGCUUUUACCUAAGAGGAAUGAAAGUGCUUCUUCUAAAGAGCCUAAAUCUCCCAAGGCCAAGAAGUCUCCUAAGAAAGCUUAGAUAGAUAGAUGACUCUACAUUCUAGGUCUUGUUCUGUGUGGAUAUAUUAGGAAAGGUACCUUUUAAUCUAGCGGAUACAUAUUUAAUGUAUACCAAGCAAUGUAAUUCCAAUUUCUCUUUCUCUAGUUUAUGAGUUUAACUUGAUAAUGAAAACCUUUUAUUUUUAA